AUGCGCAAAGUGCACAUCCUGGACGGCAUCUCCUCUGUGCUCAAGCCGGGCCGCCUCACGCUGCUGCUGGGCCCUCCCGACAGCGGCAAGUCCACCUUCAUGAAGGCCCUCUCCGGGCAGCUGAAGCGGGACAAGGGGCGCAAGCUCACCUACAACGGGCUGUCGUUUGGGGAGUUUGUGGUGGAGAGAUCUGCGGCCUACAUCAACCAGGAUGACAUCCAUUUUGGGGAACUGACGGUCACGGAGACCCUGAGCUUUGCGGCGCUGUGCCAGACGUCGCGCACUCGCAAGCCCAUCGAGACAAUUUUGGAGGAGAAGGAGCGAGAGCUGGGAAUCAUCCCAGACCCCGCAGUCGCCACCUACAUGCAUGCCAAGGGGGAGCACCACCGCCUGGCUGCCGACAUUGCCAUCAAGGCGCUCGGCCUGGAGGGAUGCGCCAACACUCUGGUGGGCAACUCCAUGAUCCGCGGCAUAUCGGGGGGGCAGCGCAAGCGUGUGACGUCUGGCGAAAUGCUUGUAGGGCCGUCCAGCGUGCUGUUUGCUGACGAGAUCUCCACCGGCCUCGACUCGGCAACCACCUUUGAGAUCUGCAACCGCCUGCGCACCCUGUGCCAGACAGGCAUGAAUACCAUCCUGGUGUCCCUUCUCCAGCCCACCCCCGAGACCUACGGCUGCUUUGAUGACAUCAUCCUGCUGUCUGGAGGCAGGCUGGUGUUCCACGGCCCUCGGGAGCUCAUCUUGCCCUUCUUUGAGUCCCAGGGCUUCAAAUGCCCCGGUGACAAGGGUGCAGCAGACUUCCUGCAGGCAAGUCGAGCUUUGAGCCGCAUGUACUGGGCUGGGAAGGGGGAGUACAAGUAUGUGUCGGAUGCUGAGCUGGCAGAUGCCUACCGGGCCACCGAGACGGGCCAAGCAUUUGCUGAAGAGCUGAAGCUGUCGCCGGAGGAGGAGGUGCAGGGGCACGGCGAGCUUGCGGUGCACAAGUACGGCCAGGACCAGUGGACGCUGUUCAAAGCCUGCCUCGGCCGCCAGACCAAGCUGUUCAUGCGCAACAGAGCAUUCAUCGCGAUCCGCAUAGGGCAGUGCGUCAUCAUGGCCAUCGCCGUCGGCACCCUGUUUCUGGGGCAGGGCCGCGAGACGCUGCAGGAUGCCCAGAUGUACUUGAGCGUCUCCUUCUUCUCCAUCAUGACCCAGUUCAUGGUCUCCUUUGCCGCCCCCGGCCUGCUCAUCGAGCGCCUGCCCACCUACUACAAGCACCGCGACGCACACUUCCACCCGGCAUGGUGCUUCGCGCUGCCCGAGAUCCUGCUGCAGAUGCCGCUCAUCGCCACGGAAGCCACCAUCUGGACGGCGAUGAUUUACUUCAUGGUCGGCUUUGUCAUCUCCGUGCGCCUGCUGGUGUUCUGGGGCAUCAUGUUUGUGGCGGGCGUCUGCGGCCUCUCCCUCUUCUUCCUGCUCGCCGUCUUUGCCAAGACCAUCACUGUGGCGGCGGCCCUGCAGAACCUGUGCAUCCUCAUCUUCACCAUUGCCAGCGGCUACAUCGUGAACUACAAAAACCUGACGGGCCCCUGGAAGGGCGUGUGGUACGCCAACCCGGUCGCCUACUUUUUGCAAGCUCUGGCGGUCAACGAGCUGGAGAGCGAGAACUGGGACACCCCCGCGCUGGGCGACUCGGGCCUCACCCAGGGGCAGCUGUUCCUGGAGCAGCGAGGCUAUUUUCUUGGAUACCACUGGGUGUGGCUGGGCCUGUUUGCCUGGGGCAUCGGCUCCACCCUGCUCAACACCUCCCUCUUCAUGACAGCCUCCUCCUUCUUGAACAUCGUGCCUCGGAGGAAGGUUACCAACAUCAAGGCGGACGAAGGUAAUACGAGCGCAAGCGGGAAGCAUGCGGCAGGCGCUGCUGACGCUGCCGGCGAUGCCGAGGAGGGCGGCGUGGCGCCCUCCGGUGGUGGCGGGAAGUCUGCGCUGCCCUUCACCCCCGUGCGCAUGACGUUCCAGGACCUCAAGUAUUCUGUUGCGCUGCCCUCGUCCAUCGGGGCCGACGACGAUGCGAGCGACCCGCACGCCGGCCGCCUGCUCCUGCUCAGGGGCAUCAGCGGCAGCUUCCGGCCCGGCGUGCUGACCGCGCUGAUGGGCUCUAGCGGCGCGGGGAAGACUACGCUGAUGGACUGUUUGAGCCUACGGAAGACGGGUGGCAAGAUCACGGGGGACAUCCGCGUGAACGGCUUCCCGCAGCAGCCUGCCACCUUCAACCGAGUGAUGGGGUAUGCCGAGCAGUUUGACAUCCAUGUGGCAGAGGCCACAGUGCGAGAGGCCCUCAUGUUCUCCGCACGCCUGCGCCUCCCCUCUGCGGUGCCAGCCAGCACCGUCGAUUGCUUUGUGGAAGAGAUGAUGGAAGUGGUUGAGCUGACUAACUUGCGGGAUGCAAUCGUGGGCAUGCCUGGAUCGAGCGGGCUGAGCGUGGAGCAGCGCAAGCGCCUCACGAUCGCGGUGGAGCUUGUGGCCAACCCGAGCAUCGUUUUCAUGGACGAGCCCACCUCGGGGCUGGAUGCCCGCGCCGCCGCCAUCGUCAUGCGCGCCGUGCGGCGCAUCACCAGCACAGGCCGCUGCGUGGUGUGCACCAUCCACCAGCCCUCCUGGGACGUCUUCAAGGCCUUUGAUGAGCUGCUGCUGCUGAAGCGCGGCGGCAGCACCAUCUUUGCUGGGGAGCUGGGCACAGGGGCCUCCAACCUGGUUGCCUACCUCCAGCAGUUCAAGGGCGUCACUGCCAUCAAACCAGGGUACAACCCUGCCACCUGGAUGCUGGAGGUGACGUCAGCCCAGGUGGAGGCUGAGGCUGACCUGGACUUUGCCGACAGCUAUGCUCUCAGCGAGCUGGCGGAAGACAACGACAACGCCAUCGCCAAGCUGUGCGAGCCGCGGGAGGGAGAGGCGGACUUGAGGCUGGAAGACCUGGCCGCCGCCUCGGCGCCAGUGCAGACCUGGCAGCUGCUUCUACGCAACUUCCGGCAGUACAACCGCCUGCUCAACUAUGUGGGCACCAGGAUGGGCAUCACAAUCAUCAUCGCUGUGUUCUUCGGGACCGUGCUGGCGGGACAGCUUCCUGUGCUCCGCUGCUCCUGCAGAAUCUUGAACAUCAUGGGCGUGCAAUACAGCAGUGUCAUGUUCAUUGGCAUCCUGAAUGCAAUGAUGGUGCAGUCGAUCAUCUCGGUCCGCAGGACGGUGUUUUACCGUGAGCGUGCGGGCGGCACCUACCAGGUGCUCCCCUUCUCUGCGGCUGAGUUUUUGGUGGAGGUGCCCUACCUGGCGGUACAGGCAGUACUGUACUCCUGUGUGCUGUACUGGCUGGUGGGGUUCCAGGCCGAAGCUGGCAAGUUUUUCUGGUUCCUGCUCAUCCUGUUCCUCACACUCCUGGUCUGGACAUUCUUCGGCAUCCACAACGUCCAGAUCACUCCCUCGCUGGCCAUCGCCAAUGCAUUCACUUCCUUCAUGUAUGGCGUGUGGGACCUGUUCUGCGGAUUCUACAAGCCUCAGUCGCUGAUACCCAAAGGAUGGAUAUGGAUGUACUGGCUGGAUCCCAUCUCCUACACCCUCUAUGGGCUCGUUGUUGGCGAGCUGGGAGACAACGAGGACCUCAUGGCGGACCAGAGCCCUCCCAUCACGGUGAAGGCGUUCAUCGAAAGCUACUUUGGCUACAAGGAGAGCUUCAGCUGGUGGCUGGUCCUCAUCCUGGCCUCCUUCUCCGUCGCUUUCUUCGUGUCCAGCACCUUUGCGCUAUACAAGAUCAAGUGGCAGAACCGGUAGGGUGGCAGCGAGUCCUGCACUCGACCAGGGACUUGUAGAAGAACGCAGCCCUGUACACGAUCGGUUUCUUCGCUGGCAGCAGCGGAACCGGCAGGCGGCCAAUCCUUGCCCAACUGAAGCUGGGUCCCGCCCUUUGUUGUCACAUAUCGAACCUGCCACACGGCAAUCGGAUACUACAAUGCAUCUUUCAUGCUUCAUGCCAUUUCUGGAGGCUGUGUCUGUAUCAUACGAUACGAUUUUUUUCAAUGAGUUG